CUAUUUCUGGAGUCCAGAAAAUGUGGGAGGCGGUCGUCGUUGUGACCACAAGCAGCAUGUACAUGUGAUGCAAUGCUGUGCCUGCUGGAGGUGAACAAGCCGAAAUUGCAAGUCCACUUCGCCGCCUCAUUGUGUCCCAUUUAUCUCUGCCUUGUCAAACACGGGAUGCAUGGCAUGCAGUGUUGAAACAGGCGCCCCGUGGAGCGGAGAAUCAAUACUCCGACCGGUCACUUACGCAGCCUCCAGAGCCAAAAGCCAAACACGUCUCUUGAGGCUGGAGGUUCAAUACAACGACGCUGAAACAAUCCAACCGUCAGGUUCCACGGUCUUUAUGUUAAAGCGUCCGCCAACUGCACUUGAGCUGAAUUCUCAACGGUCGAAUAAAUAUGCCCCACUCUUCCGUCUCAGCCUGGCCGACCGGGAGAAAUCGCCGUGCAUGCGGAGUACUGGCGGACAUCAGGAUCUCACAGCGACUUCGUUUUGGACAUUUAGCUCCGUCCUUCGGAAUUCGGAAUUGCUCUAUCCCAAUCCAGAAUGGUGCUUCUGGAUAUAUUGCAGCCAAGCGUGGUGCAACCUAGACUUGAUAUGGCCAUCAGCUCCAACCACAGCGCUGGCGCUGGCAAAUGACGCUGCCUGAUUCCUUCGGCCAGGAAUGUUGCCAUUCGUUCGC